AUGGAUAUGAACAUGUCCAAAAGAAGUGUCACAAUAGCAGACGACUUCCGGUGGGAAGCAAUGACAGGAAGUGAAGCCAUCUUUAUCACGGCGAAAAAUGACAGAGAGUCUUGGAAUACCAACGCCCAGCUUCCACAACACAGUUCCACCUGCAGUUCCAUUGAUGCCAAGGUCUCAUGUGAUGACCUUUUGACGAGGUCGCCGUGUGUGGAAGAAGGAGGAGAGACGGAGAAGAAGGAGAAGGAGAGGAGGAGAAGUGGGAGAAGGAGAAGAAGGAAAAGAAAGGAAAAGAAGGAGAAGAAUGAGGAAGCGAAGGAGGAAGAAGGAGGAAGGGAGGAGAAGGAGAAGGAGAAGAAGGCAGUUAAGAAGAAGAAGAAGGAGGAGGUGGUAGAGAAGGAGGUGGUGGAGAAGAAGCAGUGGAGGAAAAAGGAGGGGAGAAGGAGAAGGAAGGGGAGAAGAAGAAAGAAGCAGGAGAAGAAGAAGGAGGAGGGGAAGGAAGAGGAGGCGGAGGAGAAGAAGAAGAAGAAGAAGAAGAAGGCCCGGGCUGCCAAAAUGCACUUUAAACACACAAAUUGGAUCUCAACAUGGACAAAACUAUUGGAGAUGUUCAAUGAGUGA